AAGACAGCAUCUUUGAACACCCGCAGCAGCACCUUGCACGGCUAUGCCACUUCUUCCUCCUUCCUUCUCUCCCCCUCUUCCUCCAUCUCUCUCUCUCCCGAGUUUGAACAACACCCACAUAUCUAUAAGCAAUCUCAGACACUCUCCACUGGCGUUCAAUUGAUUUUCUUUUCCCCAGUUCUUAAUUUCAUCACCUCUGGUUCGAGCUUCCCCGUUUACGCUUCUCUGCCUCUCCUCCACUCGUCUAUCUAUCUGUCUCCCAAUUUAAUUUUCAAAAUUUUGAUUCGAUUCUCCGGGCUCGUAUCAAUUGAUUAGGUAUUUAUAACUUUUCGCUUUUUUUUUUGAUCUGAAGACCCCUUUAGCUUGGCUUUGUGUUUCUUUUUCGGUUUUCAAGAACUAUAAGGAAAGUAAAAGUGUUAUUUGAUUUUUAAAUCUUUUCUCUUUCUGGGUUUUCUCGGCAGUCGUACAGAAUAUUUGAUGAGCAGGUCUGAUUUGAUGAAAAUGGCUAAUUUAUGGUGUUUUAUGUUCUUCCUUUCGAUAGGGUUUUAUGUUUGAGCAUUUUGUAGUUUUAUGAGGAUUUAGGGGACUAAGAGCAGGUUCUUGGUCCCCGACAGAUGUCUUGCAUUGGGUGGAGGUGUACAAAAUUUGACGAUGAGCAUUAAACUGCACAGUCCAUUUAUCGGAUUUCCGCUUCAUAGCUCGGUAAAUGAAAAGAACAAUGGUGAUUUAUUUUCUUCGGAUAGAUAUCUGGCAAAGAGGGCUUUCCGCAGAUUUAUGUGUGCGAACCAGAAUAACUGGAUACAUCGAGCAAUUGGGUCUUCAUAUUUCCGUUGGAAAAAUGUAGAGUUAAUAAGAUGCAGCUAUGGGUCAAGGAGUGGGUCAAAAUCCAAGGUGAAAUGUGUGAAAGAGCCUUUUGCUCGUAGCAAGGCUCUGGUGAGGUCUUUUUCUCCUUUGUGGAAGGAGGGGCUACUGUUGCUCAGGUGCUCUGUUUUUUUAGCUGUGGCAUCUGGGGCGUGCUUAUUGGUAUGGUAUGGGCGGGCAAAGGCCAAGAGUUUUAUUGAAACUAAGGUUUUGCCAAAUGUUUGUUCGGUGCUAAGUGAAUACAUUCAGCGUGAGAUUGACUUUGGUAAGGUGAGGAGGAUUUCACCCUUAAGCAUUACAUUGGAGUCAUGUUCAAUUGGGCCUAAUAAUGAAGAAUUUUCAUGUGGCGAGGUCCCUACAGUCAAACUUCGAGUUCGUCCUUUUGCGAGCCUGAGGAAAGGAAAGAUUGUGAUUGAUGCAGUUUUGUCUCAUCCAAAUGUGUUGAUUGUGCAAAAGAAGGACUACACUUGGUUGGGGUUACCCUCUUCUGAAGGGAUUUUACACAGGCAUUUAUCAACUGAAGAAGGGAUUGACCAUCGGACGAAAACCAGGAGGAAUGCUAGGGAGAAAGCAGGUGCUUGCUGCUCCAGACAAAGGGAUGAUGCAGCUAGGGAAGCAGCAGAGAUGGGCUAUAUUAUUCCUGAGCGAGUUACUUGUUUAUCUGAAGCUGAUAUUCCAAAGGAGGGUACUAGUCCUUUAACAGGGUUACCCAAUUCUGAGUCUUUUUCAUGCUUGAAGGAGGGAAUGCACUGGAGAGAUCAUCAUUGCAUGGACCGAGGUGUUGAGUAUGAUUUGAAGCAUGCGGAUCUCGAGAAGUCAUUUGGCAUAACAAUCUCAGGAUCAGGGCUUAACUUCUGGUCUAGAAUGACAUCAGGGCCUGCAAACUACAAGUUCAAGAGGAAGGCUAGUGGGAAAGAUGUCUCUGCAUCUAAUGUUACUGCCAAAAGAAGAAUUCUUGAGUGUAGUGCGUUAAAGGCAGUUCCAUAUUUUCACGGCUCAUUUGAUAGCAUUAUUGGUAAGAGUUUGCAGUCAUCUGGAGGUUGUGCUGAUAUGAAUCUUGAUCCUCUUUUGGCAAAAUUAAAGGAAGAUACUUAUCCCGUUUCUCGGUUGAGUAGUGCUGAAGAAAAUUAUAACAUGAAUGGAGCUCAUAACAUUGGGGCAAAGAAAAUUGAUGAUCAUGAAAGAUUUGAAACUGACAUUGAUCAUUCUGGUAUCAAGGUGAGCUCAGAAUUUGGGAAUAACAUGAAGGAAGGUCUUGUACCAGGAGAUAAUUCAGACAGUCGGCCUCUCACAAUGAACAAAAAUAUUAGCAGUCAUAUUAAUAGUUUUAGUUUUGUAUCUUAUCCUUCUCUUAUGAUAAUACAUAAACUAAAUGAAGAUAGAAAAUUCAGUGAAAAUUUUCUUCCGAUUAGUAAUGUUAGAGGAGUGGGCAAAACCAGCGGUUAUAAUGUGAACAGUAAGGAUUUACAAACAGUUGAUGCUGUAAAUACACAUAUGGAUACAACCGAUAAAUCUGUGAAUUUGAAAGACAGGAUGUUGGAGUCUUCUGUAGAUGUUUCUGAGACCCAAGAAAGUCAUACAUCUCAAGGUUCAACAUUCAUAAAGCUCCAGCCUUGGAGUGCAAUGCACCAUUCAAUUCAAAUAUGGCCCUUGAGCCUCAAUCCAGGUUCACCCUCUUAUCCUAAGAAAGUGGGGGAGUUGUUAUCUUAUUUUCUCGCUGGUCCAAUUCAAAAAUUGAAGACAGGUAUGGGUCAGAAAGUUGGAGGUAUUGUUACAGAACUUCUUGAUUGGGCAGAUGAAACGCAGACUGAAGGCAUUGGCAGAGUGCUUCCGGUGAUACUGGAUUCUGUUCAUUUUAAAGAUGGGGCACUGAUGCUACUUGCAUAUGGCGAUAGGGAACCCAGAGAGAUGGAGAAUGUCAACGGACAUGUAGAGUUUCAAAAUCAUUAUGGCCGUGUGCAUGCACAGCUGAGUGGCAGUUGUAAGAUGUGGAGAUCGGAUGUGACAUCAGAAGAUGGUGGGUGGCUGUCCACUGAUGUUUUUGUCGACCUUGUGGAGCAGAAAUGGCAUGCCAAUCUAAAAGUUGUUAACCUCUUUGUCCCGCUCUUUGAAAGGAUUUUAGAAAUCCCAAUCAUGUGGUCUAAAGGAAGAGCCAGUGGUGAGGUUCACAUAUGUAUGUCGAGGGAAGAAACUUUUCCUAAUCUUCAUGGGCAGCUAGAUGUGGCUGGAGUGGCCUUUCAAAUAUAUGAUGCUCCAUCAAGAUUUUCGGAUGGAUCAGCAAUUCUCCAUUUCCGUGGUCAACGAAUAUUCCUACAUAAUGCAAGUGGUUGGUUUGGCAAAGUUCCUUUGGAAGCUUCUGGAGAUUUUGGCAUUCAUCCAGAAGAAGGAGAGUUUCAUCUCAUGUGUCAGGUUCCUUGCGUUGAAGUGAAUGCCCUGAUGAGAACUUUCAAGAUGAAGCCCUUGCUGUUCCCUUUGGCCGGUUCAGUAACUGCCGUAUUCAACUGUCAAGGCCCCUUGGAUGCUCCUAUAUUUGUGGGUAGUGGAAUGGUUUCAAGGAAGAUAGCGCAUUCAGUUUCUGACAUCCCUCCAACGUCUGCCUCAGAAACAAUAAUGAAGAAUAAAGAGGCUGGUGCAGUGGCAGCAUUUGAUCGUAUCCCAUUUUCAUAUUUAUCAGCCAAUUUCACUUUCAACACUGAUAACUGUGUUGCUGACUUGUAUGGAAUUAGAGCUAGUCUUGUCGAUGGUGGUGAAAUUCGAGGGGCAGGCAAUGCGUGGAUUUGCCCAGAGGGUGAGGUUGAUGAUAUGGCAAUGGAUGUGAAUUUUUCUGGAAACCUAUCAUUUGGUAAAGUAUUGCAUCGAUAUUUUCCUGGUUAUCAUCAUCUGAUACCACUUACAUUAGGCGAUUUAAAUGGUGAAACAAAACUUUCUGGAUCACUUUCAAGGCCGAGGUUUGACAUUAGGUGGACAACGCCCAAGGCUGAAGGGUCAUUUAGUGAUGCUCGAGGAGAAAUCAUAAUUUCACAUGAUUUUAUUACUGUCAGUUCCUCAUCAGUUGCUUUUGAAUUGAAUAUGAAACUUCUAACAUCUUAUCUGGAUGCAUACCAGUUAAACAAAGAAGAAUUUGUUGUUAAGAGUGCCAUGCCAAUAGUUGUUGAAGGAGUUGAAUUGGAUUUACGUAUGCGUGCUUUUGAGUUCUUGGUUUCUUCUUAUCCUUUUGAUUCUCCAAGACCUAUGCAACUGAAAUCGACUGGAAGGAUUAAGUUCCAAGGGAAGGUUAUAAAAAAUUCCACCUUCACUAAUGACCAAGCUUUUGCCUCUCAGAAGAAUAUUGAGGAUGUGGCAAUGACAGAUAAAGGAAAUAUUGAUAAUCUUGUUGGGGAGGUUUCAAUAUCAGGUCUCAAAUUGAAUCAAUUGAUGCUGGCACCUGAUUUAGUUGGGAAGUUGAGUAUUUCACACAAAUGUAUCAAGCUGGAUGCUACUGGCAGGCCAGAUGAAAGUCUUGCAGUGGUGGUUGUAGAACCAUUACAACCUAGUCAUGUGGAACACUCACAAAGUGGAAAAUUGCUGUCUUUUUCCCUUCAAAAAGGGCAACUAAGAGCUAGUGUUUGCUAUCGACCACUGCAUUCAGCAAACUUGGAGGUACGGCAUUUGCCACUGGAUGAAUUGGAAUUGGCUUCACUCCGUGGAACAAUACAAAGGGCAGAGAUUCAACUUAAUCUCCAAAAAAGAAGAGGUCUUGGAGUGUUAUCUGUGCUGCGGCCAAAAUUCAGUGGUGUGCUGGGUGAAGCCCUAGAUGUGGCUGCUAGAUGGAGUGGAGAUGUUAUCACUGUUGAAAAAACUGUUCUGGAACAAAGCAAUAGCAGGUACGAGCUUCAGGGUGAAUAUGUGUUGCCUGGCACUCGUGAUCGAAAUCCUACUGAUAAAGAAAGGGGUGGCCUGUUUAAAAGGGCGAUGACUGGGCAUCUGGGUAGUGUGAUAUCUUCUAUGGGAAGGUGGAGAAUGAGACUCGAAGUUCCUAGAGCCGAAGUUGCUGAGAUGCUUCCACUUGCAAGACUUCUUUCCCGAAGUACCGAUCCCGCUGUUCAUUCUAGAUCAAAGGAUCUUUUUCUGCAAAGUUUGCAGUCAGUGGGAUUGUAUACUGAAAGUCUCCAAGACUUGCUUGAGGUAAUUCGGGGGCAUUAUACUCAAUCAAAUGAAGUUAUUCUUGAAGAUCUGAGUCUUCCAGGUUUAGCUGAACUUAGAGGUUGCUGGCAUGGCUCUCUUGAUGCUAGUGGUGGAGGCAACGGGGACACAGUGGCAGAAUUUGACUUUCAUGGGGAGGACUGGGAGUGGGGAACCUACAAAACGCAGCAUGUGCUGGCAAUUGGUGCGUACAGUAACAAUGAUGGUUUGCGACUUGAGAAAAUAUUUAUCCAAAAGGAUAAUGCGACAAUCCAUGCUGAUGGGACUUUGUUGGGACCAAAAACCAAUCUUCAUUUUGCUGUUCUUAAUUUUCCUGUUAGCCUAGUCCCUACUUUGGUUCAGGUUAUUGAAUCUUCAGCUGUUGAUGCUGUUCAUUCUUUGCGGCAAUUGUUAGCACCAAUUAAAGGUAUACUGCACAUGGAAGGGGAUCUUCGAGGAAGUCUUGUAAAACCAGAAUGCGAUGUGAAAGUAAGGCUCCUAGACGGUGCUAUUGGGGGCAUUGAUCUUGGGCGAGCUGAAAUUGUUGCCUCUCUAACCUCAACCAGUCGUUUUCUAUUUAAUGCAAAGUUUGAACCUAUCAUUCAAAAUGGCCAUGUACACAUUCAAGGGAGUGUUCCUGUAACUUUUGUCCAAAAUAACCUGUUGGAGGAGGAAGAUACAGAUACAGAUAAAAGUGGAGCCAUGUGGGUACCUGGAUGGGCCAGGGAAAGGACUAGAGGAUCUGCAGAUGAAGCCAGUGAAAAGAAAGUAUCCAGGGAUAGAAAUGAAGAAGUUUGGGAUACUCAGUUAGCAGAAAGCCUCAAAGGGUUAAAUUGGAACAUAUUAGAUGUUGGAGAAGUUAGAGUUGAUGCCGAUAUCAAGGAUGGGGGCAUGAUGUUGUUAACAGCUUUAUGUCCUCAUGCAAAUUGGCUUCAUGGCAAUGCUGACAUUAUGCUCCAGGUUAGAGGGACAGUUGAACAACCAGAGCUCAAUGGGUCUGCAUCAUUCCACAGGGCGUCUGUGUCUUCACCAGUACUCUGGAAACCACUUACCAACUUUGGUGGCACAGUGCAUGUGAAAUCAAAUAGGUUAUGCAUCAGUUCAUUAGAAAGUAGGGUAGGAAGACGGGGAAAGCUGUUCCUAAAAGGGAGCCUUCCCCUCAGAACAAGUGAAGCAUCCCUUGGCGAUAAAAUUGACCUAAAAUGUGAAGUUCUAGAAGUACGAGCAAAGAAUAUCUUCAGUGGUCAGGUUGACACUCAGAUGCAGAUAACUGGAUCUAUACUGCAACCAAACAUUUCUGGGAAAAUUAAGUUGAGCCAUGGAGAAGCAUAUCUACCACAUGAUAAGAGUAGCGGCGCUGCACCUCUUAAUAGACUGGCAUCAAAUCAAUCAAGGCUAACAAGCAGCAGUUACAAUCAUUUGGUUGCUUCGAGAUAUGUUUCUCGGUUUUUCAGUUCAGAACCUGCCGUGUCAAGCACUAAAUUUGCUAAACCCUUGGGUAAACAGACUGAGGUAGGGACGGAAAUUGAGCAAGUAAACAGUAAGCUCAAACUAGAUAUCCGCCUCACUGAUUUAAAGCUUGUUCUUGGACCGGAGUUGAGGAUAUUGUAUCCUUUGAUUCUCAAUUUUGCCGUCAGUGGAGAGCUUGAGCUAAAUGGUCUGGCUCAUCCAAAAUGGAUAAAGCCUAGAGGAAUUCUGACAUUUGAGAAUGGUGAUGUGAAUCUUGUUGCCACUCAGGUGAGGCUCAAGCGAGAGCAUCUAAAUAUUGCAAAAUUUGAGCCUGAUAAUGGACUAGAUCCAAUGCUAGACUUAGCUUUGGUUGGAUCAGAGUGGCAAUUUAGGAUUCAAAGUAGAGCAAGCAACUGGCAGGACAAGUUGGUUGUAACCUCAACGCGCUCAGUGGAGCAGGAUGUCCUCUCGCCUACAGAGGCUGCUAGAGUAUUUGAGAGUCAAUUAGCAGAGUCCAUAUUAGAAGGCGAUGGCCAACUUGCAUUUAAGAAGCUUGCUACUGCAACACUUGAGAAAUUAAUGCCAAGAAUAGAAGGGAAGGGAGAGUUUGGACAGGCUCGGUGGAGGCUAGUGUAUGCACCACAGAUACCUAGCUUGCUUUCUGUUGAUCCUUCUUUUGAUCCUCUCAAAUCUCUUGCUAGUAAUAUUUCAUUUGGUACAGAGGUUGAAGUUCAGCUUGGGAAACGUCUUCAGGCAUCCAUGGUUAGACAGAUGAAGGACUCGGAAAUGGCAAUGCAGUGGACCUUGAUCUACCAACUUACAAGCCGCCUAAGGGUGCUCCUACAAUCUGCUCCAUUCAAGCGCCUUCUUUUCGAAUACUCUGCUACAUCACAGGACUAGUCUGCAAAGCACUUUCUUUUUCAGGCAGUUGAAAUCUUGGUUUGGAGAACGAUAACAUUUCAUCAAUAUGUAGCACAGAAUUUGGUGCUUUUGUUCCCAUAGAGGUUUCCGCUGGUGGGUAGGAUGGCCCUCCCUGCGCCUUGGGCGGGGGGUUCGCUGCCCUUUGAAAUAUUCAUUUAUUUAUUGUUUAGGAGGGGGGAGGAGGUGGGGAUUUAGCGGGGUUGGGGCACAGGUACGUUUGUAAUUUGUAUGGUUAGAAAUUUAGAGAUGUAUAUAUCAUAUAUUCUGUAAUUCUUUGCUCAAAAACUAAUUGAGCUUGUUCAUAAGUUAAAACACAUUGUGCAUGUAUUGAGAAAUCCCAAAAA